AUGCACCUCCUUCGGCGCGCGUUGGGCCUGCCGUACAAGUCCGGGUACUACUACGACCACCCGAGGGCGUCUCCCGAGCGCGGGGACGGCACGUUCACCGUGGACAACGGCAACGUGAUGUUCACGCCCGAACCCAAGGAUGGCUCGCGUCGGUUGCCCCCCGCGGAGCACGUCCUGUCGUCCGUGAAGUCCGGGAAGGUCAACUGCGACUCCUCACGGUUCCCCGAGUUCGCGGGGCUCGACGAGCGGCCCAAGUUUCAGGGAGGAGUCGUGCACACCGCGGACAGGCAGAUAUUCAAGGAGACCUUCGCGGCUGAGGGGGACGAGGGCGCGCUCAGCGUAUCUCUCGCGGAGGACGUCUGGUACCUGCUGACCGAAGAGCUGAGCAUCUGGGCGGUUCUGAGGCUGGAGAUUGCGCUGGAGGUGCUGCUGAUCGUCGCGUUCGCGCUGGCGCUGACGGUGGUGUCCGUGGUGGAGCACGGCGCUCGAGACGGCGUGCUCAGAGAUAAGUUUCUGUUGUCUCUGACGAGCGUGAGACUCAGCACGGACAGCAUCUUCGGGUGGCAGGCGCGUAGCGCGUCCAGCGGGUACGAGGUGUUCGUGCUGGCGAUACAGGGCUGGACGCACUGGCUCCUACUCUCCGUCGCGGGCGCCGUCAUCGUCGCCAGGGCGCUCAGGCCGCUGCAGCAGGUGGUGUUCAACCCCGACUGCAUCCUCACCGACGAAGAGGUCAACGUCCGGCUUCAGAUCAUCCGCCCGGCCAAGGUGGACCUGCUCAACGUGACGAUCAACCUGCAGGUGUUCGUCACCGGCGGGCGGGUGCACCAGCUGUCGCUGACCAACGGGAUCGAAGGGUACGGCGCUUGGUUCGGGUUCGCCCCCAUGAACAUCCGACAUAAGAUCGACGAAAAUUCUCCGCUGAGAGACGAUUAUCCCGGCGGGAAGCAGGGCGUGUACUUCAUACGCGUGAGUUUGAGCGCGACGGACUCCAACGGCAACCCGGUGAACGCGUUCGCGACGUACUACCACCCGGACUCGUUCUUCAUGGGCAUGUCGGACUUUCGCGCGGCUUGGGCGCAGAGGGGGAUCAUGCCGCCGCGCAUCUUGAGAGGGGUGCGAUGGAAGGAUCAGAUGCGACGGAUCCGGGACAGGUCCACGGGGAAGGGCACCGAGGGCGCGGGGUUGCCCACGUGGCUCGUGAACGUCGACAACACCGAGGGUUUCGAGCCCAUCCCGGGUGACUCUCCCGUGUGA